AUGAAGGGUACCCGCGCCUAUGGUGGCAAGAAAAGAGAAGGGAAUGGAGCUCCUCCAAAUGGGAACAACCGUAAUGGAACUGGAAGCCAUACUGGAAUUGGUUUUUACGAAAGUGAGGAAACGACAAAGUCGUUCAACGACCGGUUGAAUUACCUGUUGGUCAACAGCAUUGGGUCAGAAGCCGUUGUCACUGUCACUAGUGGAGCGAAAUACCAGGGUUUAUUGGUGGCGUGUAAUCCUGCAGGUGUCAAUGGCGUGGACGUGGUGCUAAAGAUGGCUAAGCUCGUAGACAACAGUUUUUCGGCAGAAAAUUUGGCAGCAGAAUUGGUCGAAAACCUGGUGAUCAAGGGCGAAGACGUUGCAGAGCUGGAGUUACAGAAUAUAGAGUUUGGUUUGGAUGAAAAAGUUGGAAAGUCUGAAAGACCACGCGAGGCUAGAACCGAGGUGUCCGAAGACGUCAAAGAAUUGAAGAGGGAGGCUAAAGCAGAGUCCAAGACAGAGCCCAAGACAGAACUCAAGACAGAGCCCAAGACAGAGCCCAAACUGAAGAUCAAACCAGAGUCUCAACCGCAUUCGAUGGAACCAGUUCCAUCUCGCGAGCCAACCAGAUUCGCUUUCAAGACCGAUACAGAUAUCUCUGGCAACAAAAGCGAAAUCAAGGAGAGAAAGUUAGAAAGAUGGGUUCCUGAGCCUAACGAAGCGUUCGAGCUUGGCGAUGGACUGGAAGACAGCCAAGAGUCUUGGAAUCAGUUUGCAGUCAAUGAAGAGAAAUUUGGAAUCACUUCAACAUUCGAUGAACAUCUUUACACGACAAAAAUAAACAAGAACGAUCCCAGCUACAACGAGCGCUUGAAAGAAGCUGACAGAAUAGCCAAAGAUAUCGAGUCUCAAGGCACUUCUGGUAAUAUUCAUUUAGCGGAAGAAAGAGGCCUGAUGACUGACGAUUCUGGCGUGGACGAGGAGGAUAAAUAUUCUGGCGUUGACCGUAGAGGAGACGAACUUCUUGCUCAAUUGAAAAUGAAUGCCAAAAGUAAUCCCAUAAAGCCCAAAAAAUACGUGCCCCCAACUUUAAGGCACCAGCCUCACAACAACGAUCCUGCCAUCAUUUCUUCAAGAGCCGCUGGUGUGCCACCACCGGUUUCGAAUUCCGAGCCGCAGGAGCACAUUUCUGGUGAGAACAAACCUACGCUUCAUCCCAAACGAGAUCAGUUGGAUGCGUUGAGAGAGUUUUCGGAAAAAUUCAAAGUUCCUUACGAGAUGCCAGAGGAAGUGAAGUCCAUGUUCAAGAAAGACAAUGAGACUUCGCCUCAUAGUGUACAAGCAGCUUUGAAGCUCAAUCCCUCAUUGCCUCCUAAGCCAAUCAGCACGCCACCUAUCAUCCAAGGCAAUGUGGCCAUCACGAGAGGAAACAGAUCUUCUAGAGGCUCAACUCCUCUGACUGGCAAGGCAGAAUUGAAGAAAACAAGCGGGAGAGCCCCGCAAGGACAACCCCCCGUGUCGUCUCCUUCGACAGGCAGGCAUGCGACUGUUACUCGUAGACGUAACAUCAGCCAGGGCUCGUUUCUUGGACCCAAUGGACCACAGGCCUACAAAAAGGAUUUUGCAAGAAGUUUCAACAUGUUUGCCAAGGCCAAAGAUGCCUUUGACAAAGAGCAGAAACGGGGCAAGACCUCGGCAGUGUUUGUGAUUGAGAAACCUUACUUCACGGCGCCGACUUGGAUGAGCAACGUGGAGCAAUCCUACAAGAGUCUCUUCCCAGAUGAGCGCGCUGCCAUGCACAGAUCGCAGCUGAAAAUGCAGCAGCGCAGCAUGAACGCGAUGUCAAACGCCGGUAGCCCACACAUGAUGGGGAUGCCGGGCAUGAUGAUGGGGAUGCCGAUGGGGGGUCCCGGAAACUCUCACAAUCCGUAUAUGAUGGCACCAGGCACCAAUGGGAACAUGUACAUGCCAUUCCAGCCCCCAACGUACUAUCCGCAAAUGAUGCGGAUGAUGCCGAUGGGAGACGACAGGGGGACGGCGAGCCCCCCUCCGCCUCCGAACGUGAGCUCACCCCAUCCUGGGCCCGGCUUCGUGAACUCCGGUCCUCCUCCUCCUUCUGCGCCCAUGUCGCCGUUCAACUACUCACAGGCCAUGCAAUUCCAGCCUAUGAUGGGAUCCGGGACUUUCCGGCAAAAUUUCCAGCCCCAUUCCAAUCAGCACCAUCAUAACAACAGGCACAGAGCGCAUAAUCGUUGA